AUGGGCAAGGCAGGGCGUUUCGCGUGUAUCUUCACGCCAAUGGCGUUGACGAUUGCGAGUCUUUUGUGUCUCGGCAUCGUGUUGUCGGGUCAGGCAUAUCAGAAGAGUGAUCUGUCGAAGGAACUGUAUUUCUUCAAGGCGAAUACCACAGGCUUCAAGAAUGAUCCAGAAAACGUCCUCGACAACCUUCCCGAAGGCGUGACCCCUGAAGCCGUCAAGGAUAUGCAGGUUGCCGCCUCCGCUGGCAAUAUGAAGGAUAUCUACCAGGUCGGGCUUUGGAACUACUGCGAGGCAGACCUGAAGGAUGGCAAGGAGGAGAACUGGCACUGCACCGACCGUCAGAACUACUUCUGGUUCAACCCCUUCGAGGUGUGGAACCUCACGAACACCAGCAUUCAGGCCGGGUUCCCCGAGGACUUCCAGAGCGGCAUCGACACAUACCACAAGGUCUCGCGAUGGAUGUUCAUCAGCUACAUGAUUGCGCUUGUUCUUACCGUUGCUGAGAUUCUGGUCGGUAUUUCGGCCAUCUUCUCGAGGUGGGGCAGCUUGGUCACUACCAUCGUCUCUACCGCACAAACUCUCUUCAUGAUCGCCGCAGCCUCGACCUCCACCGCUCUCUACGGCACCCUCAUCUCCGUCUUCCGCACCGUUCUCGACCCCUACAACAUCGAGGCCUCGUGGUCUGCCAAGAUGCUCUCUGUGCUCUGGAUCGGCGUCGCCUUCUCCAUCGCCAGCGGCUUCUUCUGGCUCAUCAGCACGUGCUGCUGCUCUGGCAAGAGCCCCCACAAGAAGGUUGUUGUCGAGAAGACUCCUUACACCUACGAGAGGGUCGCCUCGCCAUACAUGGGUGCCAGCGGAAACGCGCACCAAAUGCACGACAUGAGCGGCCACCACGGCCAGACUGGUCACACAUACGAGCCCUUCAGGCAGCAGCAUGUCUAG